AUGGAGAAGCUGAAGGUGGAGAUUGCAUUGAAGAAGGCGGAGAAGGAGCGGAUGGAGGCAAAGACGAAGUUGAAGAGGGUGGAGAGGGAGCGAGCGAAGGCGGAGAAGGACCGGAUGAAGGUGGAGACGGAGCGAGUGAAGGCGAGGACGGAGGAGAAGAAGGCAAAGACGGAGAAGGUGAAGGCGGAGGCGACGAGGGAGAGGGUGAAGGAUAAAACGAUUGAUGAAGGCACAUCAUGUCCCGCCACACUUAGUCAGCCAUCCCCCGCGGCUGAAGCGCCAAUCACGAGCGACUACCAAACCCCGCCUCCAACCCGCAACGAUGAGACGGAGAGGAUUCGGGCGGAGACGGACAGGAUCAGGGCGGAGGCGGAAAUGCUGAGAGCCGAGGGGGAGAAGGUGGCCAAGGAGGCGGAGAGGGCGGGGAAGGAGGCGGAGAGACUGCGGGUGCUGGAGAGGGUUAGUAGUGGAAGGAUUUGA